AUGAGGAUACUUCACCUUGCCGAGCCUAACCCAGACAUCCAAUACUACACUCAUGAUCGCGUCCUCGGCACCGCUGAAAUGGUUAAAGAUCUGGGAUUUACUGUUGAUCUAAAACUGCCCCUAGCGUCAAAUAGGAUUCUUCUCUCCGUAUUUAAGGUUACGCAUAAACCCAAGCUGGCUUUUCAGGCCGAUCUUAUAGACGUAAUCUGUGUCAACCGAUACUAUGGCUGGUAUAUCGAUAUGGGCAAGCUGGACUGGAUUAAUCAGAGUGUCUAUUGGGAUAUCGCUCUGUGGUCGGACAAGUAUAAACGACCUAUUUUGGUGACCGAAUACGGUGCCGAUAGUCUUCCGGGUCUGAAUCAGGAGCCGUCUGUGGACUUUUCCGAGCAAUAUCAAAAUGAUCUCAUCGUACGAACACAUCAUGCGUUUGACGCACUCCGUAGUGAACAUCGGCUUGCUGGAGAAAUGAUAUGGAACUUCGCCGAUUUUAUGACUGGCAUGACAACUACUCGAGCUGUGGGGAAUCACAAAGGAGUGUUUACGAGAACACGACAGGCAAAAAUGGCCGCUUAUACACUAAGGAAUCGUUACUUGUCGCUCUUUAACCAAACGGAUUUGGAGAUAUGGAAAUAG